GUUGGUGUUGUUUUGCCAUUGCUGGUUGAUUUAAAAAACAGUGCUUUUAAUAUAAAAAUAACAAAUAUUUUGAGUGUUAGCCAAGCUUUCGUUGAAAUCAACAUGGGAAAAAUGAAGAUUUAUUACUGCGUAUUCUUCGUCUAUAUUUGCUUUUUAUCUUGCGUUACUGGAAAAACUGAUGGUACCUUUUCAUUUACUACAGCUACAGCCACUACGGCUUCAGCUUGCGCUAUUUCUGCUGAAGGCAUAGUCGCGAAAAUUAGUUCAACUGAUUCUAUUGGGCAUACUACUGUUUCCAGGGAAAUUGCGGUCAUUGAGUCCAUCCUAAGGGAAAAAUGCGAAAAAAAGCGAAGAUCGUCGACUAUCACCAGUCCGUCGACCACCGCUAAUCCAUCGACCACCGCCAACCCGUUGACCACCGCCAACCCGUCGACCAUCACCAGUCCGUCGACGGCCGCACAUCCGUCGACCACCCCCAAUCCGUCGACUGCAGCCAAUCCGUCGACCACCACCAAUCCGUCGACCACCACCAAUCCGUCGACACCCGCCAAUCCGUCGAUCACAGCCAAUCCAUCGACCACCGCCAAUCCGUCGACCACCGCCAGUCCGUCGACUGCAGCCAAUCCGUCGACCAUCGCCAGUCCGUCGACCAAUGCCAAUCCGUCAACUGCAGCCAAUCCGGCGACCACCGCCAAUCCGUCGACCACCACCAAUCCGUCGACCACAACCAAUCCGUCGACCAUCGCCAAUCCGUCGACCAUCGCCAGUCCGUCGACCAUCGCCACUCCGUCGACCAUCGCCAAUCCGUCGACCAUCACCAAUCCAUCGACCACCACCAACCCGUCGACCGUCACCAGUCCGUCAACCAUCGACAAUAAGUCGACGGCCGCACAUCCUUCGACCACCACCAAUCCAUCGACCACCGCCAAUCCGUCGACCGCAACCAAUUCGUCGACCAUCGCCAGUCCGUCGACUGCAGCCAAUCCGUCGACCACCGCCAAUCCGUCGACCACUGCCAAUCCGUCAACUGCAGCCAAUCCGUCGACCACCGCCAAUCCGUCGACCAUCGCCAGUCCGUCGUCCACUUUCAAUCCGUGGACCCCCACCAAUCCAUGGACCACCGCCAAUCCGUCGACCACCGCCAAUCCGUCGACCACAACCAAUCCGUCGACCAUCGCCAAUCCGUCGACCAUCGCCAGUCCGUCGACCAUCCACAGUCCAUCGACAGCAGCCAAUCUGUCGACCAUCGCCAGUCCGUUCCAUGACGCUGGUACCUUUUCAUUUACUACAGCUACAGCCAUUACGGCUUCAGCUUGCGCUCUUUCUGCUGAAGGCCUAGUCGUGGAAAUUAGUUCAACUGAUCCUAUUGGGCAUACUACUGUUUCCAGGGAAAUUGCGGUCAUUGAGUCCAUCCUAAGGGAAAAUUGCGUAAAAAAGCGAAGAUCUACUAAAAUUGCUACAGAGGCUUCAAUUUCUCCGGUAACUAAUGAAAAUCCGUCGACUAGGCCUACAUCCAAUCCACCGACUACAUUCAGUCUGUCGACCAUCGCCGAUCCGUCGACCACCGACAAUCCGUCGACCAUCAACAAUCCGUCGACCAUCGCAAGUCCGUCGACCAUCACCAGUCCGUCGACCACCGCCAAUCCAUCGACCACCGCCAACCCGUCGACCACCGCCAACCCGUCGACCACCAUCAAUCCGUCGACCCCCGCCAAUCCGUCAAUCACAGCCAAUCCAUCGACCACCGCCAAUCCGUCGACCACCGCCAAUCCGUCGAUUGCAGCCAAUCCGUCGACCAUCGCCACUCCGUCGACUGCAGCCAAUCCGUCGACCACUGCCAAUCCUUCAACUGCAGCCAAUCCGUCGACCACCGCCAAUCCGUCGACCAUCGCCAGUCCGUCGACCACAACCAAUCCGUCGACCAUCGCCAAUCCGUUGACCAUCGCCAGUCCGUCGACCACCGCAAAUCCAUCUACCACCGCCAAUUUGUUGACCAUCGUAAGUCCGUCGACCACUGCUAAUCCGUCGACCACCGCCAAUCCGUCAACCACCGCAAAUCCAUCGACCACCGCCAAUCCGUCGACCACUGCCGAUCUGUCGGCUGCAGCCAAUCCGUCGACCAUCGCCAAUCUGUCGACCGCAGCCAAUCCUUCGACCACCGUGAAUCCUUCGACCACCGCCAAUUCGUCGAUCAUCGCAUAUCCGUCGACUACAGCCGAUACUACUACUGGGUUUACAACUAUGGUUGUAGGACCGAAAGAACGCACAACGGUGGCGGCUAGUAAGUUAGUAAGAAACAUUCCUCCUGGAACCUGUUCCUGUUCAAACCUGGAAAUAAGUUCGACGGCUUCCAGUGUUGCUACUACAAUUAGUGGCCAAGAACGCACAACGGUGGCGGCUAUAAUAAGAAGCAUUCCUCCUGAAACCUGUUCCUGUUCAAACCUGGAAAUAAUUUCGACUGCUUCUAGUGUUGCUACUACAAUUAGUGGCCAAGAGUCCAUCUUAAUGCAAAAUAGCGUCAAAAGUCGUAGAAUUAUUUUUGAAGAAAGCGGAGAAAUUCCUGCUUUUCAACCUACAGCUCCGUCGACUACAAACAAUCCGCCGACUAACGCCAAUCCGUCGACUACCGCCAAUCCGUUGACUACCACCAAUCCGACAACUACAGCUGCUCCUACUAGUGGGCUUACAACUAUCGUUGUAGAACCGAAAGAACGCACAACGGCGGCGGCUAUAAUAAGAAACAUUCCUCCUGCAAUCUGUUCCUGUUCAAACCUGGAAAUAAGUUCGACUGCUUCUAGUGUUGCUACUACAAUUAAUGGCCAAGCAGAACGCACAACGGCGGCGGCUAGUAAGUUAAUAAGAAGCAUUCUUCCUGAAACCUGUUCCUGUUCAAACCUGGAAAUAAGUUCGACUGCUUCUAGUGUUGCUACUACAAUUAGUGGCCAAGAGUCCAUCUUAGGGCAAAAUAGCGUCAAAAGUCGUAGAAUUAAUUUUGAAGAAAGCGACGAAACUCCUGCUUUUCAACCUACAGCUCCGUCGACUACCGCCGAUCCGACAACUACAGCUGCUCCUACUAGUGGGCUUACAACUAUUGUUGUAGGACCGAAAGAACGCACAACGGCGGCGGCUAUAAUAAGAAACAUUCCUCCUGGAAUCUGUUCCUGUUCAAACCUGGAAAUAAGUUCGACUGCUUCUAGUGUUGCUACUACAAUUAAUGGCCAAGAACGCACAACGGCGGCGGCUAUAAUAAGAAGCAUUCCUCCUGAAACCUGUUCCUGUUCAAACCUGAAAAUAAGUUCGACUGCUUCUAGUGUUGCUACUACAAUUAGUGGCCAAGAGUCCAUCUUAGGGCAAAAUAGCGUCAAAAGUCGUAGAAUUAAUUUUGAAGAAAGCGACGAAACUCCUGCUUUUCAACCUACAGCUCCGUCGACUACCGCCGAUCCGACAACUACAGCUGCUCCUACUAGUGGGCUUACAACUAUUGUUGUAGGACCGAAAGAACGCACAACGGCGGCGGCUAUAAUAAGAAACAUUCCUCCUGGAAUCUGUUCCUGUUCAAACCUGGAAAUAAGUUCGACUGCUUCUAGUGUUGCUACUACAAUUAAUGGCCAAGAACGCACAACGGCGGCGGCUAUAAUAAGAAGCAUUCCUCCUGAAACCUGUUCCUGUUCAAACCUGGAAAUAAGUUCGACUGCUUCUAGUGUUGCUACUACAAUUAGUGGCCAAGAGUCCAUCUUAGGGCAAAAUAGCGUCAAAAGUCGUAGAAUUAAUUUUGAAGAAAGCGACGAAACUCCUGCUUUUCAACCUACAGCUCCGUCGACUACCGCCGAUCCGACAACUACAGCUGCUCCUACUAGUGGGCUUACAACUAUUGUUGUAGGACCGAAAGAACGCACAACGGCGGCGGCUAUAAUAAGAAACAUUCCUCCGGGAAUCUGUUCCUGUUCAAACCUGGAAAUAAGUUCGACUGCUUCUAGUGUUGCUACUACAAUUAAUGGCCAAGAACGCACAACGGCGGCGGCUAUAAUAAGAAGGAUUCCUCCUGAAACCUGUUCCUGUUCAAACCUGGAAAUAAGUUCGACUGCUUCUAGUGUUGCUACUACAAUUAGUGGCCAAGAGUCCAUCUUAGGGCAAAAUAGCGUCAAAAGUCGUAGAAUUAAUUUUGAAGAAAGCGACGAAACUCCUGUUUUUCAACCUACAGCUCCGUCGACUACCGCCGAUCCGACAACUACAGCUGCUCCUACUAGUGGGCUUACAACUAUUGUUGUAGGACCGAAAGAACGCACAACGGCGGCGGCUAUACUAAGAAACAUUCCUCCUGGAAUCUGUUCCUGUUCAAACUUGGAAAUAAGUUCGACUGCUUCUAGUGUUGCUACUACAAUUAAUGGCCAAGAACGCACAACGACGGCGGCUAUAAUAAGAAGCAUUCCUCCUGAGACCUGUUCCUGUUCAAACCUGGAAAUAAGUUCGACUGCUUCUAGUGUUGCUUCUACAAUUAGUGGCCAAGAGUCCAUCUUAGGGCAAAAUAGCGUCAAAAGUCGUAGAAUUAAUUUUGAAGAAAGCGACGAAACUCCUGCUUUUCAACCUACAGCUCCGUCGACUACAAACAAUCCGCCGACUAACGCCAAUCCGUCGACUACCGCCAUUCCGUCGACUACCACCGAUCCGACAACUACAGCUGCUCCUACUAGUGGGCCUACAACUAUUGUUGUAGGACCGAAAGAACGCACAACGGUGGCGGCUAUCCUGGAAAUAAGUUCGAUUGCUUCUAAUGUUGCUACUACAAUUAGUGGCCAAGAUUCCAUCUCAUCGCAAAAUAGCAGAAAAUUGAUUCGUGGAUUUUUUUCUGGAGGGAGCGAUGAAACUCCUGAUUCUGAACCUAAAACCAUUACAACAACAGCUGAAAAUGGAAGAUCCGCUUCAAUCAAUGUUCAAAUCCAGAAAGAGGUCAACGAACUUGGAAAAUCCUUAGACGUAGCAGCAAACGAGAUGAAUGAAUUGAACCACACAUUGAACAGUAUAAUCAAAUACAGGAAGCGGUUAGAUGCCAUUUCAACAGAUUUAGAAAAAAAAGUACAAGAAGAUGCAAAACUUCUGAGAGAAGUUGAAGAGCAAAUAGAAAAUAUGGGGAUUAUUGAAAAAGAACUAAAUAUGAAAGAAGCAAUGCUGCUCGCAUUGAACGGACGAGAAACUUUAUUGAGCAACAAAAUUGAACAUGAUUUGAACUUUUACAACGAUCCUAGCGUCCAUGAUAGCUGGAAUAUUUCAUUUUUUGCGCAACACACUGGUACCUUCGAUGUCAAGACUGUCAUACAUCCUUAUGACAUAGUUCCUUUAAACCAAGGCCAGUGUUUCAGUUCUUCGUCGGGUGUGUUUACUGUACCAUUCCACGGCAUAUAUCAUUUCUAUUUCACAGCAUUGAAAACGAAAAAGCAAGAGUCUGGAACAGGCCGUUUAACAAUACAACUCGUGAAAAACCGAAAAAUCGUUCCAACUUUUCGGGAAGUGUUGGCUGAAAUUCAUAUGGAUUCAACUGAUUCGUACGGGUUUUUCCCCUUGCAAUUACAAGCAACCGCCGAACUGCAGGAAAGGGAUGAGAUAACUGGAGAAUUGUUUGAAGGUUCACUUUACGAUCACCCUCUUACCAGUUUUGGUGGCUUUCUUAUUAACCGUUUAUGAAAUGAAAUUUCCUUAUUUCAUUUAAAUAUUCUAAAUUUUAUAUUUUACUAUUUUUGACAUGUUAAACGAUUCUACUAAAAAGUACUGUAGUUAACCAUGCUUUAUUGAAAGAAAAUAAACAUAGUUAACUAUAGA